AACCCAACUAGAAAUAAUAUAAUUAAGCUCAAUUAAUGUAUUUCAUCAAUUUUCUCUACUUGCAAGAGAGACAGAGAGGGAGAGGGAUCAUACAUUCACAUGGGGAUGUGAUUCCUUAUUUAUAGUGGCAGCUCAUCUCAGAUUUUCAUCAACGCUUUCCUCUCCAUCCUCUGUUUCUGUUCUGUUGGGCUUCUGAGAGGGAUGAAAAUGGCAGCCUCCAUUGUUGCAUUGGUGCUGUUGCUUGGCAAUCUCAACUUCAAGACUGCCAAUGGCUUCACUGCCUCAGGGUGGUCUAAGGCCCACGCCACCUUCUAUGGCGGCAGCGAUGCUUCCGGGACCAUGGGGGGAGCUUGUGGGUACGGGAACCUUUACCAGACGGGAUACGGGACGAGGACCGCAGCCCUUAGCACUGCCCUGUUCAAUGACGGGAAGGUGUGCGGGCAGUGCUAUAAGAUCAUGUGUGACUAUAAAACCGACCCGAGAUGGUGCAAGAAGGGAGUUUCUGUGACUAUCACCGCGACCAACUUCUGCCCGCCGAACUAUGCUUUGCCAAACAACAACGGCGGGUGGUGCAAUUCUCCACUUCAGCAUUUCGAUAUGGCCCAGCCAGCUUGGGAGAAGAUUGGCAUCUAUGCCGGAGGGAUCAUUCCCGUCAUUUAUCAAAGGGUCCCAUGCAAGAAGAAGCACGGGGUGAGGUUCACCAUUAACGGGAGGGACUACUUCGAGCUCGUGCUUAUUUCCAACAUAGCGAAUGCAGGGUCCAUCCAGUCCGUAUCUGUAAAGGGCUCAAAGACCGGGACGUGGGCAUCCAUGUCCAGGAACUGGGGGGCGAACUGGCAGUCUAACAAAUACCUCAAUGGGCAGUCCCUGUCCUUUAAGGUGACCACCUCCGACGGCGUCACCAAGAUCUUCCCGAACAUUGUGCCGUCCAACUGGAAGUUCGGGCAGACCUUCUCCAGCUCUCUGCAAUUCUAGUACCCAUUUCUAGGAGCCUCCCAAUGUUCUAGGAUGCUUUUGGAUAAGUGGUGUCCGGUUUAUAAGGUCAUGCGGGUCUUGUCGACCUUGACUUGAUACAUAGUACUUCAAGAACUCAAAUGGCUGAGGCGUGCCUAUCGUUUUAGUUAGAGCAGCCCGCCACCGCCGCAUUUUUUGAGGUCCGGAGGGAACUGUCUUUUGCUCUUUUCCCUUUGAUGUGGUCUGAUCUGGUUUGGUUUAACCCGGUCAAGUGGCUCAUGUAGUUCGCAGCUCAAAGCUCCUGGAACUCGAGGCUCCUAAAGUUACAGAAAAAUUGAUGUAUUCCUAAGGUGAUUUACUAAAAACACUGUUUGCAUUUGUGAAGGGUCGUGAGGAUUUUCAUAUACUAAUAAGAUGAUACAUGUCAUAUGUAGCUCAACAUUGAUAAUGAAGAGAAUAAAUGAAAUGGAAUAUAAAAUAACUUUUUUUUUAUGUGUA